AAGCUGAAGACCUUGCGUGGCUGCCGGGACAAAGCACCUUGGUGGGCUCAGCGAGAAGGGACACGCAGGAGCCCUGGCCCCGGAACACGCGUGGCCGCUGCGGAAGGGCGUCCGCCCAGGCGUGCGGACCGCUGAGGAGGACUGCAGCGGGCGAGUUACGGAAGGCUAAAUCCUCAGGUCCCGGCCCCGGACCGCGGCAGCUGGCGCCUGCGGCACGCCCGGCCCGGCUUCGCCUGCACUCCGCGAUCGAGGAAAAAGCCUGGAUGCGAAAGGAUGGGGGAGAACAAAGAGCCUUUGGAAGACGUCGCUGUUAUCUCAUUGUCUGUGUGAUUGGGGGAGCUGCGGCGGGGAGGAUGCUGUGGUCCCUUCCUCCGGCGCUCCCCCACCCCCAUCCCUCUCCUCGCUGUCAGUGCGCACGUACACGCGCCGCUUUUUAUUUCUUUUUCCUGGUUUUCUUAUUCCAUCUUCUACCCACCCCCGCUUCCUUUCUUUCACCUUUCCUUCCUUCCUUCGUCCUUUCCUUCCUCAGGAGAAAGGCCUCUCUCUCCGUGUUCACAGCGGACCUUGAUUUAAAUGUCCAUACAAUUAAGGCACGCGGUGAAUGCCAAGAAUGGGGCUGGCUGAGCACCUUGGGUCCGCGAGGGCCCGCCAAGGAAGGAGCCACCGACCGAGCCGGGCGCCCUCCGCAGACCUCCGCGCAGCGGCUGCGGGCGUGAGGGGAGGGGUCUCGAGCGCUCUCCGGCUGCGGGUCCCGAGCCCGUAGAGUAGGGAGGUGUGCAGCCUGUGACAGACAGGGGCUUAAAGAUGCAAACAGAUUCAGGGAGAGAAACAGAAGCUGAUUCUGUGACAGAAGCAGAUGUGUGCAGCACAAAUGCGGUGUGCUUGGGGUGGGGGUCGCCUGGGAGCGCAUUGCGGAGUGCUUGUGUGUGCAGAUUUUUCUCUGGGCUCAGGACUCAUUGUAUGUGGGUCGACACCUUUCUCCGUGGCUGUGUUUUUGUUCUGAGCUUAGUUUUUUGGUUUGCCCUUAAAAAAUAAUAAUAAUUUGGCAUCCAGAGACUGGCAGAGUGCCCCAGGGCCUGGACUGCGGGUAUAUUGUGUUCUGCUUGAGGUUUGGAGAGGAGGGCAGGCGGUUGGAAGGGAGAGGGGAAGCUGUUUGUCACCCUUUGCUGUAGAGCUGAGAGCACCUGACAAGCUUAAGGAAGUCGUCGGGCUAGGUGGACAAGAAGGAGCCAGCUCCCGGCAGGUUCACAAGCUCCAUCUGAGCUGAAAGCCUGGCCAUAGCUCUAAGGAGCACCUCACGCCUUCCCUGUAGCUGUUACUGCAGUUUCAGGCAGAGAUCCAGGAGCUGCAGAGGAAGGGAGAGGCACAAUAACCUACACAGACCCCAGGGAAGCAUGUGUUCCUUUAAAAAUGUGAACAGAAGGAAACACAGAAUGUGUGCAAGUGGGGGUCUGAGGAAAGACUGUUUUGAAAGAGGCUGUCAGGGAAUGGAAAGGGUUAAGCCUCGCUCAUCCUGAAGAACCUGCUUCCCAAAUCAGGCGUUCCUCCCAUCACUAGACCCUGAGCAGCAGCUGGUCCUAGAGACCCCCCUCGUACUGCGCUGCCACAAUCUCAUCCCAUUUCCAGCUCUGUAUUAACCACCAAGCUGUAGCGGAUGGGGCAAGACCUAAGCUCAUUAAUUUCCAGGUGGAGGAAAUGGAGGAGGGGCAGGUCCCUGCAGCAGAGGGAGGAGCAGAGAAAAGAGGCCAAGAGCUGGAUCCUUCUGCCCAGGAAGCCUGCUGCAUCCCUUCCCCCGAGCAUGGCAGAGGCCUGGCUUUGCAAGGCCAAGGCCAUAAGGGAUGCUUAGGAGAUUAAUUUGAUUCCUGACACAGCAAUCAAGGCCUAAGAGUCUCCACUGAAGCUUACUAAGGACUUCUUUCCUCUCCAAAGCCUCAGUCUAGCCGCUUAAAUAAAUUAGCAUUCAGUGAUGCCUUGAACCAAGGCCCCUCCCUAGCCUCAGUGCCCCCAAAUAUUUAUUGAGUAGCUACUAUGUGCAAUCCUUGUGUAAUCAUUAUCUCUUAGGCUCUUCAUCUGGCCUCCUAAGGGAGUGUUUAGAAUCAGGCAGAGGCUGAGUGUGUUGCACCCCACCUAGAUACUUCCAGAACCUUCUCUGGGUCUGCAGAAUGUGCCACAACCUGCUUGCUCCUGCAGAGAGAAAGCUGCAGUGCACAUCCUGCAGACUGCAGGUGCUGGGCUACCUCUGGAGUCCCAGAAGGCAAGCUUGGCUGCAGGACAGAAAGGGGAAACAGCUACUCACCCCUGCGCCUUACAAGCCUUGUCUAGUCACCACUGCCCUUAAAAUAUAUCUCCCUUGAAACUAGUAGCUUCCUAAGUCCUGGAGUUCCUGCCGCCCUUUCUGGACAGGUUCAGGAAGAAGAAAGCAGUCAAUAUUGGGCCUCCUUGGGGUGUAAAGCCCCUUGCUCUGCCCUCUCUGCUCACUGUGAAGGCUGCUGGAUGCUUCUUUUGAGCAUGGUUUAAGCCUCUGAUUACUAAACCCUUUGCCCCACAAAUGUCCACAUUGGAGAGCCUCUUUUCAGUAAUUGCUUCUCCGUAAUACCUUCAGAGGUUGCUGUACCCUUCACUGAUGUGCCCUCUGGUCAAAUCUCCAAAUGCCUCCCCACGUAAUGCCCCUUUCAGAUGCUUUAAGCUAAGAGCUUAAACCAAAGGUACCGUGGCCACCGCCUGCCAGGUUUCUGCUUUGGAUAAUCUAUGAUGGGAGGGGCAUAUUUUUUACUUCAUUACUUAUAUAAACUCUUGCUCUAGAAAGCGUUCACGUGUGUGGGCAUGUUCUGGGUCUGCUAGGUCUGUGUGCAUGGGUGUGGGUAUUUGCCUGUGUCCGCCGGGUGGGUCUCAUUACAAAAUGUAUGUCUAUGUAGGGCUUUAAUGGCCGAAAACGGCAAAGAGAUGAAUGGACAACUUGACCCCAUGUGUCAUUGCGAGGCCCCUUCUGUGCUCAAACAAGGUGUCCCUGUGCAGGUCAGCCCUUCCCUUCUGUGUUUGGGGCCUAUUUAUGCCACCACUCAUUUUACAAGAAACCUGAAAAUGUCUCCCCUUUGAGGGCAUUUCACUCUUUAGCAUCUUCUUCUCUUCCCUACUUGAACCCCUCUAACUACAGUCUAUGGCUUACAUGACAGGGGAAUUAUAUGGUUAGGAAAAAGUAGGACAGAAUAGACAGUUUGCUGACUGAAUGCGCAAAGAAGGCCCUGAUAGGUUUAUAUGCACCACUGCCAUAACAGUCCUGCGAGCUAAUAUAUUCUUGUGGUAACUGUACCAGACACUUUCAGAUUUAGAAAUGUAUCAGAGGAAAAAUUGGCAAUACUCUUCUUUCCCCGCCAGUGACAGCCCAGAUCUCCGCUUAAGCAGAAAAGAGAUUGACCUAACAGAGGCAAAGGUAAACUCCUGUAAGUUACUUCUGUUACCAAAGGGGGGGGGUGGCUUUUGUGAAUGUAUGAGGAGCUUCUGCCAGAGAAAUUUUCGGGGGAGGGGUGUGCCCAUGUGCACACAUACGUACAUACAUUUCCCCACAUAACCAUAUCCAGUGCUAGCAUUUAGAGGAAGGCAUGUAGCCACCAAAAGUCCAUCCACCUAUGCUGCUUCCACAGGGAAAUCAUUUUCUCUUUCCUCCUCUUGAACUUACAUAAUACCCCAUUCCAACCUGAGAAGAGCCUUUUGGGGGCAGCUGCAAAGCGUUCUCCCUGGGACAGAUGGAGCCGCCCUUUCCCCAUCUACUCUGUGGGUGGUUUCAGGGCCCAUGAGUCAACACGAGGCGUUGUGCUGGGGGUAUGUGUGUUGGAGGCUGGGCUGGCUGAUUCACAGUGACAAGGAUGUCAAUAGUAACAAGAAUGAGAAUGAUGGUACCUAAUAAAGAAUUUUUUCCUCUAUGUCCCAUCUACAAUUCUUUCACUGGGUGUUUUGCCAAGUCUUUCUCAGUCUCAUUUCAGCUUUUCUAAAGAAAAUGUAUUUAAUACUCAAUUGUAUCACAAAUGUAGACAUAGAAGAAAAAACGACUUCAAACGGAAUUUAUGCGAGGCACUGUGUGCUGGUGUUUGCCUUAUAGAGCUGCUCGGAAGGCCUGGGGAUCUGGUGUUUGCCUUAUAGAGCUGCUCGGAAGGCCUGGAAUGAUCCCCAGCACCAAAUUUAGAUGGCCUCAAAAAAAUAAAAUAAAAUAAAAUCAGGCCUUAUUGAGGGCAAGGACUGUUCCAGGUCAGAAAUAAAAGUGUCAGCAACUCUCA